AUGCAACAAACCGGUCCGUUUUUCAUCAAGCACGACGAUGAUGAAUAUGAUCAUAUUAGAGCGAAUGAGGAAGGCAAGGUGACUGGAGUGAUCGAUUGGGAAUGGUCAUACACUACUACGAAAUUUGAAGCGUUUAUUGCACCGGCAGGAUACCUACCGGAUGAGUUCUUUCGAGGAACGAAUGACUCUUUGUCCACACUCGAGGUGGCACUCAUGGAAGCACACAUCUCAUUUGAUCGACCUGAUCUAACGGACUGCGUCAAGAAAGGGAGGAAAUACCACCGACUGAACGAUAUGCUCAAGUGGAUGAUGUUCGUCCCAGCUCAUCUCGACGGGAUGUAUCGAGCCUUCAACGAGACACCUGACCCAACACCUGCUAAGACCCAAACAGUACAGGAGCGCGUUCUUGAGCUCGUUGAGAAAUAUAGGGAUAAUGCAGGACUGAAGUACUUGUUGGCAAAUCCACUGCCCUGA